UCGAGACGGGUCCCUCGUCUCCCUCCACUGCCAGGGCACCUUCUUCCCCCAACAUAGAAUAUUAUCGAUAUUUCCAUCUCAGGUCUCUCUGCAGAACAAGAAAUAUCGUCAAAUCGUUCCAUUGACAAAACGAAAGCCAAUCCAAACUCGCAGCUCUCUAGUAGAAGAACUUGAACGAGGACGACGAUGUUGAGGCCCGCAUCUAAGAGACUGCUAGGGUUAGGGUUCCGUGGAGCGCAAACCCCUGCUGCGCGGCUGUACCAUGAGAGGGUGGUCGAUCACUACAACAAUCCCCGGAACGUUGGCUCCUUCGACAAGAAUGAUCCGACUGUAGGCACGGGCCUGGUCGGUGCUCCCGCUUGCGGCGAUGUGAUGAAGCUGCAGAUCAAGGUCGAUGAUCAGACCGGCAAGAUUGUCGAUGCCUGCUUCAAGACCUUCGGCUGUGGCUCCGCUAUUGCUUCGUCUUCCGUCGCAACCGAAUGGGUGAAGGGAAAGCAGAUGGAAGAAGUUCUGUCUAUCAAGAACACGGAAAUUGCAAAACAUCUCUCUCUCCCUCCAGUUAAACUGCACUGCAGCAUGCUUGCUGAGGAUGCGAUAAAGGCAGCUGUCAAAGAUUACGAAGCUAAGCGAGUAAAAUCGAAUGGCGAUUUGGAGGAUGCACCUGCUGAGAAGGCUGCCAAUGCUUGAUAAUGUUUGGAAGCAUACCUUGAAACCUUGGGGGUAUCAUGUAAUAAGUAAGGUUUGCACUUGGAACUGCUUUGGAUGGAAGACUUAACAAACGGCCUCCCUUCUUUUUUCUUUCAUUUGCUCAAACUGGAUGGAACUGAGGCACUGUAAAAAAGUUUGCCGUAAAUUUAAACCAGCUAUUCCAAGUGGGUUUAUUUGAUGGCCGCCGUGGUUUUGAUUUACUUGGUGAAAUCUCAAAUAGAUUCUGUAAUCUUAUUGUUGGAUAAUAUGUCCCGUGGUUGAGUAAAGGAGCGGUCUUUUGAUUGAAAAAGCCCUCUUCUACAAGAUUUGGUAAUCAUAAUGACAUGUUUUAAGAUUGCUCGGGACCUUAA